AAUGAAUUAAUUGUUUUAGAAAAAAUACAUUUUAUAGGUUUAUCCAAUAGCUGAAGAUAGCACAAUCAGAAGUUGGAAAAUGAUUUAGAGUUGGUCCUCCUAUUGUAAACUGGAGAGUUUAAGGCAACAAAUUUCAUUCAAGUAUGGUACGAAAUAAGUUGAUAUCUUGCCCAAAUAGAUUAUGAUUAAAUAUUAAUUACUUUUUAUUUACAAACAAUUAUCCUAUUUCACAUAAUCUUUUUCUAUCCUAUAAAAUUUCCUCUUUGGCUUCUAAUAUCAUAUUUCAUAUGAUUAACGUUCAAAUUCUCAAAUAAAUCUAAACCAACAUUCCAGUUUCACUUCGUAGUUCCAUGAAUGA